AUGAAACAUUUUCUUGCUUCUCUGUGUCUGCUAGGAUCUCUUAGGUGCCUUUUACAUGCCUUGAACCAAUGCACUGUCCCAGCCUCAGAGUUUCAGCUGCAAGGAGAUUAUUUGAUAGGUGGCCUUUUUGAUAUUCAUCAUGUCAGUGCACCAGUUUAUCAUGACAGACCAGAAGCCAUCGACUGCUCUAGUAAACCCAUCAUUCUUUCGAGUUAUCGGAGGUUUCAGUUGAUGAGAUUCUCUGUGGAGGAAAUCAACAACUCUACCAACCUACUGCCAAAUGUAUCUCUUGGCUAUGAGAUAUUUGACCACUGCUCAGAUACACUGAAUUUUCCAGGUAUUUUGAAUCUCAUCUCUGUCAAUGGCUUGAUUCAGCCUUGGGGUGAACCACACAAGAAUCUGUCAAAAGUGUCCAAGGUGACAGCAGUGGUUGGCCCUUUUUCGAGCACUGACACCCUGACUGUAGCCCCACUGUUCAUGAUGAAUCUCAUUCCCAUUGUCAGUUAUGGAGCUGCUAGCUCUGCCUUUUCAGAGAAAGCGAAAUAUCCCUCUUUUCUACGCACAGUGCAUUCCAAUAAAGACAUCAUAGAGGUUAUUGUUAAUAUCAUACGGCACUUCAACUGGUACUGGGUUGCUUUUAUUAAGAGUGAUAACGAUUUUGGAAUUAAUGGCCUGGAAUUGUUCAUAAACAUGAUUAAGGAAACUGAGAUCUGCCUGGCAUACACCAAAGGUCUCAAUGGUGACACAAAUUACUCCCAGAUGUUUAAACAGAUAGAAGCACAGAGGGUACAGAUCAUUGUUGUUUUUGCUACAAAAAUGGAUGCUGAAGCUCUUAUUGAAACUGCAAUACAACUAAAUGUCACCAACAAGGUAUGGAUAGCAGGCGAUACCUGGUCCUUGAGCAAAAAGCUCCACAAGAAGGAAGGAAUCAAAAAUAUUGGAACUGUACUUGGGGUGUCUCAGCCAGUUGUGACAAUACCUGGAUUCAGUGAUUUUAUCUAUUCUUCUAGAAGACAGAUGCAUUGUGGAAAUUCAGGAGAGCAGGAGUUUUGUAAUCAGGUUUGCAACUGCAGUAACCUAAGUCCCAAGGAUGUAAUUUCUAUGGACCCAUCUUUCUCUUUCCCUGUAUAUUCUGCUGUGUAUGCAGUUGCUAACGCCUUACACAAUGUCUUGCAAUGUAGGGCUGGGAAAUGCAAUACCAAUAUUACAGUGUACCCAUACAUGGUUCUAGAGGAAUUGAGGAAGUCAAAUUUUACACUUUUGAAUCAAAGUAUUCAGUUUGAUGAGAACGGUGACCCCAAGUUCGGAUCCUACUCCAUAGUUUUCUGGAACCACAGUGGGGAUGUACAGGAGAUUGGGUUUUAUAAAUUUUACCCAUCAGUCCAGUCUUUCAUCAACAACAGCCAAAUUCAGUGGUAUACAAAUGGAGAGGUCCCUACUUCACUGUGUUCCACAGAAUGUCCUGCAGGAUAUGCAAAAAAGCCAGAUGGAAUCCAUAAAUGUUGCUUCAAUUGUGAAAUCUGUCCGAAUGGAACUUAUGUCAACAUCACAGAGGAUCUCUACAAGUGCAUCUACUGUAAGGAGACAGAAUGGUCUGCAGAAGGCAGUACAUCAUGCAAUCUGAGAGUGGUGGAGUACGUCCCAUUCAAAGACAGUGGGGCCAUACUGAUCAUGGUUGGGGCCUGGGUCUUGGUGGGCCUCACAUUAGCCACGUCUGUUCUCUUUGCCAUCAACUACAACACCCCUGUUGUCAGAUCUGCUGGGGGACCCAUGUGCUUCCUAAUUUUAGGCUGCAUCAGUCUGUGUAGUCUUAGUGUCUUCUUUUACUUUGAUAAGCCAACAGUUUCUUUUUGUAUCUUAAGGUUCUUACCAUUCAUUUUGUUCUACACUGUUUGUCUAGCAUGUUUUGUUGUGCGCUCUUUUCAAAUUGUCUGCAUUUUCAAAAUAGCUGCCAAGUUCCCCAAGCUCCACAGCUGGUGGAUGAAAUAUCAUGGACAGUGGCUGAUCAUCACUGUGGCUUUUGUUACUCAGGCACUCUUAUUUCUUAUUGGUUAUUCUCGUGACCCUGCUAAGCCCUACAAUGACACACUUUGGUCCCCGGAUAAAAUCAUACUUGGCUGUGACAUCAAUCUCAAAGCAUUCUCUGGUUCUGUGUUUUUACUUUUAUCUUUGUGCUCUCUUUGCUUUAUUUUCUCCUACAUGGGAAAAGACCUCCCAAAGAAUUACAAUGAAGCCAAAGCAAUUACCUUCUGCCUGCUCCUGCUGAUCCUCACCUGGAUCAUCUUUGCCACUGAAUACAUGCUUUACCAUGGAAAGUACAUCCAGACUUUUAAUGCUCUGGCAGUACUCUCCAGUCUCUACUCCUUUCUGUUGUGGUAUUUCCUCCCAAAAUGCUACAUUAUCAUUGUUCAACCCCACAAAAACACACAGCAGUACUUUCAAGGUCUCAUUCAGAAUUACACCAAAACAAUUAGCCAGUAG